AUGGCGAGGCGACGUUGCCUCCUCCGAUGGACACGACGAUCCUCGUCGGUGAAAAGCCACGGGAGAAUCGUCAGAUCCUGCGCCCGCUGGCUCGACACGUUGGAAAAAUUCAUAUCCUCACAAGGCCUCAGGAGGCGCCACGCCGCCACGUCGUGCGCGGGGGCCGCCUCCUCCGUGGUGUCGAAGGGCGAUGUCAGCGGCACACUGUAUGCUGGUUGGGAAACUUCCCUGAGGACCUCGUACAUGGUAGGUGGUCAACGAUUAGGGCGUGGUGGCGCCUCUAAAUUAACCAAACUCACGCUCUCCCGAGUCCCAACACCAAUCAAGCACAUUGUCAUGGACGCUAACCGUGACUCCAGCCUCGCCACCGACGACGAGCUCCUCCAAGCGCAGGCCGAGCUGUGGAACCACGUCUUCGCGUACACCAAGUCUAUGUCCCUCCGGUGCGCCGUCGAGCUCGGCAUCCCCGACGCCGUCCACCGCCGCGGCGGCUCCAUCACCGUGCCCGACCUCGUCGCCGAGCUCUCCCUGCCCCCCUCCAGGACGCCCUACCUGCGCCGCCUCAUGCGUCUGCUCGCGCACGCCGGUUUCUUCGACGCCGGGCCAGCGCCAGACACCUACGGGCUCACCCUGCUCUCGCGCCUCCUCGUCUCGGCGCCCGGCGCGGGGCAGGGCCUCUCGCCGUUCGCGCUCGCCAUGCUGCACCCGAUCAUCGUGUCCCCGUCCAUGUCGCUGGCGGCGUGGUUCCGCGCGUCCGACGACGCGGCGCGCGUGCCGUUCGCGACCGCGCACGGCGGGCGCGAGUUCUACGCGGUGGCGAAGGAGAACCCGGAGUUCGGCGCGGCGUUCAACGAGGCCAUGGCGUGCGACGGCCGCUUCGUGAUGGACCUGAUCGUGCGCGGCCACGGGCAAGACCUGUUCCGGGGGCUCGCCUCGCUGGUGGACGUCGGCGGCGGGUCCGGCGGCGCGGCCAGGGCCAUCGCCGCCGCGUUCCCCCAGGUCAAGUGCAGCGUCCUGGAGCUGCCGCACGUCGUCGCGAGCGUCCCGCCGGGCGACGGGGGCGUGGAUUUCGUCGCCGGGGACAUGUUCGAGCGCGUCCCGAAGGCCGACGCCGUCCUCCUCAAGUGGAUUUUGCACGGGUGGGGGGACGAGGAGUGCGUGAAGAUACUGCGGCGGUGCAGGGAGGCGGUGCCGGCCGGCGGCAGGGUGAUCGUGAUGGACCUGGUGGUGGGGUCGAGCCCGGCGGACGCGAGGGCCACGGAGACGCAGCUGCUGUGGGACGUGAUGAUGAUGGGAGUGGUGGGGAGCCCGGAGCGGGACGAGCGCGAGUGGCGCAAGAUAUUCGACGACGCGGGAUUCAGCGGCUACAAGAUCCUGGCCAUCCUCGGGAUCCGGUCGGUGAUCGAGGUGUACACUUAGAUUUCCUUCUCUCUUUUUGUUUGCGAGGAAUCCUUGAUUUCCUUUUGUCUCUGGUAUUGUGCUCACUGCGAAUGGACGCACUAGAGGGCCAAGGGGUCUAUGGUGGCUUGUGGCGUUUUCUUUGACGAAAAAAAAUCGACAAGGAAAAGAAAAAGAACCAAUCUAUGAUGGCAA